AUGUUUAAAAAAAUUAAUAAAUAUGACAAAGAGCAUAAAAAUAAAUAUUACUUUAUUCAUAUAGGGAAUUAUUGCAAAACUCCAUUUCAUAUUAACUGUAUACAUAAAUUUUUAAAUAACGAACUGAGUAAGGUUAAUAAAAAAUUACUAUAUAACAAAAAAAAUUUAGAGAAUAAUAUAAUCAUUAAACUAGGACAUAAUUCUUACAAAACACAAUUUUAUUUAAAUAAUUGUUUAGAAAAUAAUUUGGGAAUAAAUUUUAAAGUUAAAAAUAAAGAAGUAGAGAACAAUAAUUACGAAUUGAUAAAGACAGUAGAAAAAAUUUGUUUGCCUAUUAAUGAACUAAAACAAAAAAACAUUUUGAAUUUAAAUUAUAUUAACAAUAGCAUUAAUAUUUCAAAUAAAAUGAAUAAGAUAAAAUUUCGAAAUUUCACGAAUAUCCCAUUAUCAAUAAAAAAAGAUAAAAAUAUAAAAUUUUCAAAAUUAAAUCUUUGUGAAAUUCUAAAUUUUAUAAAUAAAAAUUUAUCUUUAGAAAAAGAUGAAAAAGUAUGGAAUAAUAUAUUUAUUCAAAUUGAUAAAUUAACUGCAAAAGAAGCUAAAAAUGAAGAGUAUAGAAAAGAAAUAUAUUCAUUUUUUGGUAAAUUGACUAACAGCGAUUUCUAUAAUUUGUUAAAUAAUCUUAAAGAUGUUGACGAAAAUACGAAAAAUAAUAUUUGUAAUAGCAUGUUUUUUGAAUGCUUUGCACUAAGUUUAAAAAAAAGAGAUAUAACAUAUUUUUGUGAAAAAAGUGAUAAUGCUAAUGAAUUUCAGGAAGUAUGCGAUAAUGUUAAUGAAAAAGAAGUAUGUGAAAACAGAGACGCUUCAAAUACAAAAAAAAUAAAUGAGAGCAAAGUAAAAUCUUAUAUGAAGAAUAUUAAAAGUUUUUUAAAUAUAUCAGGUAGUAAAAAAAAUUCAAAAGAAGUUAAUUUAAAAAAUACAAAUAGUAAAAAUAACAUGCAUUAUUCUAAAAAUAAUAAUGAAAAAAGAGUAGAUGAUUUAAUAAAUGAUUCUGAAAACAAAUUAGACAAUUUUAGUGAUAAAAAAAAUAAUGAUGAUAUUGACUUAAAAAGUGUAAAAAAUGUAAAAAUGAUAAAGAAAUGGUUUAAUUUAUUAAAUUCUUUCUCUACCAAAUCAGAAAAUAUAUUAAUAAUAAAAGAUUAUUUAAAUAAGAUAUUUAGACAGAAUAUUGAUGAAUUAAUAAAUAUAAAUUAUUUUUCAAAAACAGUUCAUUAUCUAACAAAUCAAAUAAAUAGUAAAAGUAUUCAUGCAAUAAUAUUAACAUAUGAACAAAAAUUAGAAUUAAUGAAGCCAUAUGAUUUUAGUUAUAGUUUAAUUAUUUUGUUAAGAUUUCUAAUACUAAAUCAUAAUUUAUUUAAUAACAUAAUCGAUGAUGCUAUUGUUGAUCCAUUAAGUAAAUUUAAAAAUGAAAAAUAUUUUAUCCGUUUUAUAAAAAGUGUUGACAAUUAUCCUCUAAUAUACCCAUCUAAUUUAGAUUAUAAUAAUACAGAAGUUUUUCAAGGAAACAUGAACGACUUAUAUAACUUCACUUUUUCAAUUUUUAUAAGAAAACUAAGUAUGAAAUUGAAAUAUUAUUCCUUAAGCAAUUUAUUAUUUUUAUCAGAAUGCUUAAGUAAGGUUAUUUUUAUGUCAACUUCUCAAAAUCAAACAUUACAUAUAUUUAUAAAUAAAUUAAGAUACUAUAUUGAUUAUUCUAUUAAUUUACAAUCAGUUGAUAAUUAUACGCUAAUAAGACUUUUUAAGAUAUCAUCUUUUUUUUCAUUUGUCCCUGAAAUAGAAGUAUAUAUAAAUAAUUCUAAUAAAAAUGUUAGAAUUAAAAGAAAUUUUAUUUCAAAUAAAAAAACAGCUAAAUUAUUAGAAGAUGGGAACUCUUCAAAAAAUAAGGAAAUUUGCGAAAUAGAUAAAGAAUAUAUGAUAAAUAAAAGUUGUACUAAUAAUGAGAAUGAAAAAAUUAAGAAUACUGAUUUAAAUUAUUUUUCAAAAUAUAAAGAAGAAAAAGAUAAUUUUGUAUAUAACGAAUAUAUUGAAAGAGAUAACAUUAAUAACAACGUAGAACAAAUGGAAAAAAGUUACAACGAUAAAAAUAUACAAGAAAAAGAUAACAAUAAAACUAUAAACACAAAUAAUAGAAAAGAUCAACUAACGCAAAAUCAUGAUGAACAUACUAAAAGUCAGGAAAUAAAUGAAAAUCAUAUAAUAAAAGAUAUAAUGAACGAUAAAGGAAAUAUUAAAGAAUGUAAUGAUAUAAAUAAUGAUAUUCAGAGAAAAAAUUUGGAAAAUAAGAAGAUAUUAAAAUAUAAAAAUGAUAUUAUAGAUGAUAAGAGUAAAAAAAAAAAUAUUUGUUUUAAUUUAAAUGAUGAAAAAAAUAUAAAUUAUUAUGAAAAAGUAGAAGAUAGUGAUAGUGUUAAUUUUUCUAAUUUUUUAACAAGUUAUGAUUUAUUUCAGGUAAAAGAUAAUACCUUUCAAAUAAAUAACUAUAUUUUAAAUUAUAAUAUUUAUCACGAUACAAAUAAGAAACAUAAAAAAAACAAAUUUUUAUUAAAAAAUAUCGUUUUGUUAUUAUGUUCCCAAAUAGAUAAAGAUUUAAAUGAAAUAGUUAAAAAGGAAAAUAAAUUGAGAAAAAAUAAAAAUUUCACAAUUUUGAGCAAAAAGGAUUUAAUAGAAGAAAUCAAAUUAAUAAAUAAAAAAAUUGAAAUUAAAAAAAUGAAUAUGGAUAAUAGUACUACAAGAAGUAAUUCAUAUCAUUAUAAUCAGAACAGUCAGUUAUAUAAAGAUUAUUUAAUUUUCUAUGAUAUAAGUGUAUUAAGUGACUUAGUAAAGUUUAUCCAUUUUUCUAUCAAUAUCAAUAAGCAUACUUAUGAAUUAAUAAAAUCUAUUAAAAAAAGAUUAAUAGAAAUAGUGAAAAUUUAUAAUUCCAAAGAGGAAGAAAAUCACCAAAAAAAAGUAGAUGAACAUACUAAAAUAGAAAAUAUUACAACUUUUCAAUUGUAUAAUUUUUAUUGUGCAUGUAAAAAUUUUAGCCCAUCUUUUCUUUUUGGUUUUUUUGAUGUAUUGUUAAAAUUAACUCCAAAAAUAAAAGUCGUAGAUAUAGAAAAAAAUGAUAUAUUUAAUAAAAAAAAUUUAUAUAAAUUGGAAAAUUUAGAAGCUUUUGAAAAUGUGAAGAAUAAAAACAUAAGCAUUCCAUUUAUUGUUUCAUUAUUACAUUCACUUAAAAUAAUAAUAUCCUCUAAUUUAUUUCAUACAAAUAAUUUAUUAAAUGAGCAUAUUAACAUAAUGGUGCAGUAUUCUUAUUAUGUAUUAUUAUAUUAUUAUAAUAACAAAUACUUCAAAAGAAAUUCAAAAAAUGUUAACAAUUUAAUAAACAAUAAAGAGGAAUACGUCGAUUAUAAAAAAGAUGAAAACUUAUUUGAUAAUGAUUUUACUAAUAAAGAUGGAGAUCUACACAUACAUCACAAUAUUAAUGAAACAAUAAAAAGAAAAAAAAUUAUAAAUGGUUCAAAUUUUAAAGAUAAUAUAAGUACAAAUAAAGAAAAAAGUAAAAAUGAAAAUUUCCAAGAGGAUUAUAAUUAUUCCAAAGAUGACUGUGAUGUAGUUGAUAGUGAUUCUUCAACUAUAUCCGGUAUAAUAAAAACAAGCAAAAAGAAUAAAAAAUUUUGUAUUUUUGAAGAAUUAUAUUUAGAAGACUUAUGUAAUAUAUAUUUGUGCUUAUCAACAUCAUUAUAUUUUUUAAAUAGAGCAGAAGAAAAAUCAAGAGAAAUUAAACAUUUGAUAUAUUUAGAAAAUAAAUUUUUAGAAUUAAUAUCAAAAGUAAAAUAUAUGAAAUAUUUAUCAGAUAAUUUUAUAUUCUUUUUAUUUAAAGGGCCAUAUACAUAUAAAUUAGAGCAAAAAUUUGAUAAUAUAAUUCCUUCAUUAAAAAUUAUAAAUAAAAAAAAAAAAAAAAAAACUGAAAUUUUCUCUUCUUUAGCAUCAUUUCAAAAUAUUCAAAUACUUAGUUUACCUGCAUCAACUGCUUUUUUCCUAUGUAAAAUAAAAUUAUCUAUGUCUAGUGGAAACAAAGAAAAUAAUGUUUUAAGAAUUGAAAAUACAAGAAAAUUAUAUGAAAUUUUAAUUAAUGGUUAUAAAUUGUUAUCAAGCUGCAUUGAGGAACUAUUUAUCAAUAAAAAGAAUGAUAAUGUUAAUACGAGAAAUUCUUUGGAUAGUGAAAAAGAAAGCAUUUUACCAAAUAAAAGUGAAGAAACGAAUAAUCAAUUAAAUAAAAUUAAUAAAAAGAAGCGUAAAUAUUCUCAUUUACCAUAUUUUACUUCUAAUAAAAUGAGUAUGAAUGAAAAUAUUCAUUUUAAAAAUAUAAUAAAUGAUAUGUUUUUUGGUGUUCAUGAGGUUAAAACAUUAUAUGAUUUGCAAAAUACAUUGUUAAAAACAGUUAAACAUUUGGAAACAGCACAGAUAAACUUAAAUGUAAAUCACAAAUUUACUCAAAUUAAACCUAUUCACAAUGAUGUUUUAUUUUAUCUAUCAGAACUUUCAAAUGUCGUAAAAGAAUGUCUAUAUACAAUUUUUUUAUCACAACCAUAUAUUCAUAAGUCUCCAAAAAAAUAUUCUACAAAAAGAUUAGUUAAUUAUUUUAUUAAUAAAUGUAAAUUCGUAAGAGAUUAUAAUAUUUUUGAUGAUUGUCAUAAUAAAUCAUUUAAUGAACUGAAAAAUCAUAAAUAUAUGGCAAAUGAAAUUUGA